UUGAGAAACACUUGCUGAAAAAUCUGCUGUCAGCUGAUUGCGAGGCAUCUAGGGUUAUAUGUUUCUAACAAGUUUUAAGGAAACAGCACAUCUCUUUUGACACCCGACUGGACACCAUCAGAGAAGCUCUGUGCUGCAGAAAUCUCCCCAGACGACAAAAUGGAUACUUCAGAUGAUUAUGAUUAUCAAGAUUACGACUACAGAGAUGCCUUAAAUGACAGUGCACAAGAGGAAAAUCCGUUUCAACACAAAACAACGUGUACUAAGGAAGUGUUGUGUGUGUUUGUACUUGUAGUGAGCGUGUUCAUUUUUCUGCUGGGCUUCUUCGGAAAUGCUCUUGUGAUCUGGAUUUCUGGCUUCAAGAUGAAGAAGACGGUCAACACCACCUGGUACCUGAGCCUCGCUAUCUCUGACUUUGUCUUCUGCGCCUCCCUACCUUUCAGUAUCACCAACAUGGUAAUGGAGGAGUGGGUCUUUGGCCGCUUCAUGUGCAAAUUCAUCUCCUCCGUUAUGUUCCUCAACAUGUUCAGCAGCAUCUUCCUCCUGGUAGUCAUCAGCAUUGACCGCUGCGUGUCAGUCGUGUUUCCAGUUUGGGCCCAGAACCAUCGCACUGUAAACAAGGCGUCCGUUGUUGUUUGCAUCUCCUGGUUCCUGGCAGCCACACUGAGCCUUCCCUCUCUCAUCUUUCGGGAUGUUGGCAGUCACUUGGGAAGGACCCUUUGCUACAAUAACUAUACCUCAUCCCAAUAUAGUCACAAGAUAAUUGCAGUGACCCGCUUCUUUACAGGGUUUGUUGUCCCGUUCAUCAUCAUCAUCAUCUGCUACUCUAUCAUUAGCCUCAGACUUCGAAACAACAGGAUGACUAAAUCCGCCAAACCCUUAAAGGUCAUGUCUGCGCUCGUCGCUGCUUUCUUCGUCUGCUGGCUGCCGUACCACGUGUUCGUCCUACUUGAGCUCAACCAUGAACACUUCGACCAGACCAUUUUGAUUUACGGACUCAAAGUAAGCACUUUCAUGGCGGCAGCAAACAGCUUCCUUAACCCGGUCCUGUAUGUGUUUAUGGGCAAUGACUUCAAGCGGAAGUUUAAGAACUCCGUGCUCUCAAAGAUGGAGAAUGCGAUGGGGGAGGAAGGCCGCACCACCAGCCGAUAUCUUUCCAGGUCCAGCUCCAUGGAUGGCAGAGCUUCUACUCACAUCUAAAGACAUUUAUCUGGAACUGUUUCCCUCAGAUAUGCAAAUGAUUAACACAAGAAAUUAAUUAUGUGUUGCUUCAUGGUGCUAAUGAACUUAUCUGUUGUACUUGUUUACUGUUGGGAGCAUGGAGAAAGCUGUUGCAAUUCAGGCUCACAAACAAAUAAUGUGUAGUUGAAGGAUCUGUGAAUGUGAGCCAAUAUCUUAACAUUCUGAAUUGCAAGGUAGGUAACAUAAAUCUCUUCCAGUAGAAAGAAUGUUUUAAGAGCAGUGUUUGAGGAAAAAUACGUCAGGCAUUCUUUUUUUUGGUAAUACAAAUAUUAAAUGCAUUAUCGUUACUCGAGGAGCUCCUUUCAUGAACAAUGUUCUCUUUCAUGCUCAUGCACAAAUUGUAAGGCAUAUUCUCUUGGUUAGUGAAAAUGCAUCAAAAUGUGAAGGAGAGCAAACGGCAUCAGCUUUGGCAAGAUGUUUUACUCAUGUGUUUGUGCAAUUGAUUUUUGCUAUCAUUGACCUUUGAACUAAUCCAAUAAGCACCAGGUCACACAUUAGAAAACAAACAGAAGGUUAAAAGGUAUGUUUGCUGAAGGAGAAUUGCAAAUCAUUGAAUACUUUGGUUUCUUUAUAAUGCACAUACAAACUCAACCGGCCAAAAAAGGGACAUUUCAUUUACUGACACCACAGUGCAACUUUUUGUAUUGAAGCAUUAAGUAUGUAGUUGUGUGUCGGACUGACCCAACCACAGCGUACCGAGGAGUGGAGAGCUGUUGAGAUGCGUGCAGUUAGUUCAAUGAACGGUGGAAGAAGCACAACCCCGGCUGUUAUUACAAGUUGACAUAAACAAUAUGUUUAAUGGACGUCUAUUUCUCUGUUUUUAUGCAUCAGAUUUGUAAAGCCAAUGGUGAAUAGUGUUUUUCUUUUCUGAAUGAAGCUAGAAAAACUAAAUGCAACUCUCUGAAUGACUCAUUUGUCGAUAUCAACUUUACUUCUGAAAUAAUAAAACUGAGAGAUUGUA